CCUUGGCCCACGCCGGCUUCCGUCCUGCCCGGGGGACUUGCGCGUGUGCGGGCAGUAAAGAUGGCGUCCGUCAGCAGGCCGUUGCUGGCUGGUGGUGGCUACUGGGCUGUGUUGUCGCGGUGCGGCGGGAGGGGUGCAGCCUACUCCUCCGUGCCCGCGGUGAGCAGCAGGGGAGGCAAGCAGAGGGAAGCUUCAACACGGAGAACAAGCAGGACAUCACAAUUCAUAAAAUCACAUGCACCUCCUAGAACUGAGAGAAUGGCUGUUGAUCAGGACUGGAGCAGUGUUUAUCCAACAGCAGCUGCGUUUAAACCUGCCUCUGUGCCUCUUCCAAUUCGAAUGGGUUACCCGGUGAAGAGAGGAGUACCUCUGCCAAAAGAAGGCAACUUGGAGCUUAUAAAGAUUCCCAAUUUUUUGCAUCUUACUCCUCCUGCAAUUAAGAAACAUUGUGCAGCUCUUAAAGAUUUCUGCACUGAAUGGCCAAGUGCUUUGGACAGUGACGAGAAAUGUGAGAAGCAUUUUCCUAUUGAAAUUGAAACAGUAGAUUAUGUUUCUGCAGGGACAUCUAUUCGUAAUCCCAAAGCAAGAGUGGUGACUUUAAGAGUUAAACUUUCUCACCUGAAUUUGGAUGACCAUGCAAAGAAGAAGCUCAUUAAACUUGUAGGAGAGCGGUAUUGCAAGGAUACAGAUACACUCACAGUUACCACAGACAGGUGUCCAUUAAGGAGACAGAACUAUGAUUAUGGAAUACACCUCCUCACAGUUUUGUACCAUGAAUCUUGGAAAACUGAGAUGUGGGAGAGUGAGAAGACUGAGGAAGACAUGGAAGAGUAUAUCUGGGAAAAUAGCUGCUCUCAGAAAAGUGCUUUAGAUACACUACUUCUGAUAAAAGCCUCAGAGAAUGUCAGUAAUGUAACUAAGGAAGAGCUUCUUUCAUCUGAGGUAGUUAAGAGUUACAGAAACUCUGUAGUUGCACUUAAAAAUGAAGGUGAAACAGAAAAUAACAUGUCUCAGUAUAAGGAAUCUGUGAAGAAAUUACUGAACAUACAAGCAUUACCAUGAAAGCAGACUCUUGCAGGUACCUCUUUUUGGAAAUAUUAUACUGGUAUGUGAAUAUUUCUAUGUGAUAUAAUUAUUCAGAAUCUUAAGUAAAAAAAAAAAUGAAAUUUGGUGAUGAGAGAAUUAUAAAAAUAGGUUUUUCUUUACCGCUUGAUUUUUUUUUUUCUUGUAAACAUUGGUUUUGCUGUCUGUAAAUCUUUUUCUUCGAAUAAAGUAUCUUUUGAGUCAUA